CCGACGGGCGGGAUUAGUGACGUCCUACACUAACACUUUCGAUUGUCUUUCUCUAGUACAUUUUUUUCCUAACCAUCCGAGCUCAAAGGCUAUCAAUCCGGUGGAGUGAACCAUUGAUCUAGAGCGUCUUCAAGGAUUAAACGGCGGUUCAUUUCCCUCCUUUGACCUGUCGAGUGUCCCAUAGACCUAGAAACACUCACAGACUUACAAAGCGACAGGAUGGACAGAACAGAGCUUAUCCAGAAGGCGAAGCUGGCUGAGCAGGCCGAGCGCUACGAUGAUAUGGCGUCCUGUAUGAAGAUGGUGACUGAAGCCGGGGCCGAGCUGUCCAACGAGGAGAGAAACCUGCUGUCCGUCGCUUAUAAAAAUGUGGUGGGCGCCCGGCGGUCUGCCUGGAGGGUCAUCUCUAGCAUCGAGCAGAAGACCGAAGGCAACGACAAGAAACUGCAGAUGGUGAAGGAAUACCGGGAGAAAGUGGAGGAUGAACUGCGGGAUAUCUGCAACGAUGUGUUGGAGCUGCUGAACAAAUAUUUAAUCGAGAACUCCACGAACCCCGAGAGCAAAGUCUUCUACCUGAAGAUGAAGGGCGACUAUUACAGAUACCUCGCUGAAGUCGCCUCAGGAGAUGACAAGAAAACAACCAUAGAAAGCUCUCAGGAUGCUUACCAGAAAGCAUUCGAUAUAAGCAAGACAGAAAUGCAACCCACACACCCCAUACGCUUGGGUCUGGCCCUUAACUUCUCUGUCUUCUUCUACGAGAUUCUUAACUCCCCAGAAAAGGCCUGUUCCCUUGCUAAACAAGCUUUCGAUGAGGCCAUAGCAGAGCUUGAUACGCUGAACGAAGAGUCCUACAAAGACAGCACUCUUAUCAUGCAGCUACUGAGAGAUAACCUCACAUUAUGGACAUCUGACAACGCACCAGAUGAGGGUGAAGGCGUUGAGGGAGGAGAGAACUAGAACAAGCUCCUUCAGCAAAGAAAACAACCUUUAUACACAUCUCCAUUCCUAAUCACUCCAUGUCAGAAUUCGUCCAGUAAAGAACAAACCCGUAAUUAAUUAAGAUCUGUUUAUGAAAAUAUAACAUUUAGUCCUUUUCACAGUGCAGCUUUUGGGCAAGAAAAGAGAUUUAUUUGGAGGGGACCUUGUUCCUUUGUUUGUCUUGGCCUACCAUAAUGUGCAGUUUCUGCUGUAGAAGGUUAUGACUAGAGUCAUUUCAUACAAACAUAAUCUUAAAGUAGUUAGUGGGAAAUACAUUAAUGAUUAACGUAAAAUAAGGACACACAUUUCGUCACAAAUAGGUCUGAGACUAAAAAAAUGAUUGCAGGGAUAUUAAAAGCAUUUCGAUUACCGUUGUCUUAUACGCCUACUGUAUCUGUUAUUUUAACACCUAUGUCACCUCAGCAAUACCCAGGGUUGUGCGUUUCCGCUGAAAUCAGUGGACAAUCACAUUUUAAGUAGUUCAAUAUGAAAAUUUGGGAGAAAAAAAAGAAAUUCUGAACUGUUGAAAUGGAGUAUUUCAAAUUGCAUUUUAGUUUUUGCUUUGAAGCAGUGGUAUAUAGUUUCUAGACAGUCAUCGGUUUAUAAACGGUUUAAUAUAUUUGUUUUCUUUUUAAUGCAGUUGAUUUUGGCCUGUUUAGUGUUCCCUUUUCUUUAAUUUAAUGGCAAUCAAAAUCAUCCAUAGAUAAAACCAUGAUUUCUCGGGGCAUAUUAUCAUUAUUAGGUUUGAUCAAUGCUAUGUUUCAAGUGUUCAAUACCCCCACUAGCAUGCAGAUCAAUACUGACUCGAUCUGUGGCACAUUUUGGUAGUACGGUUCUCUUAUAGUUGAUUUCACCAAAUGAUCCACUCUGGAAAUUACUGCACAUGAAGCAUGUUAUGAAUGAUUUGAAAGACCAGGAGAGUGUGUCUUUGCUCUCUGAUUGCUAUUGGUUAAUAUCGGUGUUGGUGGUAAAUAACGUUGCCUGUGCAUGUCUUAAAUACAGCACAUGAAUGGAAAUCAAUACCUUAUUGCCAAUAUUAAAGUUCUCUUUAGUACUUCUUCAGUGGAAUGUGCACAGGUGUGUGUUUGUCCUGAAAGUGUCAUGAUAGAUUGGACCACUAUACUAUGUGUGUUUUGUUUCUCCUUUUUGUCCUUUUAUUGUGUAUGUGAUUUUUUUUAUUUCCCAUAAAUUUUAGUCUCACAAAAUCCUUGUGAAAAUGUUUUAUGCCCUAUGUAUGUUAUGUAACAUGCUUAAAAAUGACAUUUUAUAAACCAGA